AUGAAUAGACUCACAAGUGAUCAGAAGAAGAAGGUGACAGAGUUCAUAUCUGUUACAGAUUGCAAUGAAGCCAAGGCAAUCACAAUGCUCAAGGACAAUCAAUGGAAUAUGGAGGUGGCCAUGGACAGAUACUUCUUGAACCCAUCAAACAUACCCGAGGACAAGGUCAAUGCCAACCAAGUAGAUACAAUGUUUGCAUCCUAUAAAGAUAGUGGAGAUGAUAAGAUAUCCGGAGAUAACUUACAGAGACUUUGUAAGCAUGCAGGGAUUGAUAGCGAGUUGUUGGAGUUGGUAUUUGCUUGGAAGUUAAAGACAAAGACAUUGGGAGAGAUCACAAAGAAGGAGUUUGUAGACAAUAUGAAACUGUUGAGGAUAGACUCUGUGGACAAGCUGAAGAGCGAGAUGGUGCGCGUCAAGAGCGACCUGCAGCACAAUGACGCCAACUUCAAGGAGUUCUACGCCUAUAUAUUCGACUUUGGCAAGCCGUCCAACCAGAAGAACCAGUCGCUUGAGAUGGCCAUUGGUCUGUGGGAGGUCGUGCUGGCCGGCCACUACAAGGACCUGCCUCUCUGGUUCGAUUUUCUUCGCGAGAAGAACCAUGGCAUCUCCAAGGACACCUGGAUUCUGCUUCUGGACUUUGUAAGAGUUGCCAAUGAUGACAUUGCCAAAUAUGACUCUGAUGGUGCAUGGCCAGUGUUGAUAGAUGAAUACGUUGAGUUCCUUCACAGCAAGAAG